GAUUAACCAGCGGUUAGAAAAAAAAGAAUAUGGCGGACGAUUCGAAGGAAGAGAACAGUUUGUCUAUUGACGAAACCCUCAAGUUAAUGCCCUGUUGCCCACGAUGUAUUUUACGACUUCUUGGAGAAAGAGACACCGACUCAUACACAGACAGUGUUGAGAGAGAAAUUGAGAGCAUUUGUGUAGCUUGUCUUGGUAUCUUGGAAAAGGCUAAUGAAAGUGCUUUCAUUGAUAAGAUACAAUCAGCAGUCAAGAGUAGUGGUCAUCAGUUUGAUAGUUUUGUGUUGGCUGUUUCUGUGUCGCAUUCCUUGACUCUUCGCCAGCACUCAUUAUCCAUAUUUCUACAAGAAAAAUUCAGUUCAGCAUUUUCCAGAAAGGAACUGGAUGAGAUCCCAAGAGUCAAGGAUGUGUUCAAAUGGGUUCUUGGUCCAAAACUAGAGGAAAGAUUACAAGUUAACUAUAAGCCAUUGAGCCCCUUCAAGAUUUCACUGGAUUUUACCCAUAAAGAUGCAGAGAGAGAGGUUGAGUUUCUAAAUGAUUCACCAAAGUCAAGGCUGCGACAACGGAGGAAACGACAUAAAACAGAAAACAAUCCAGAGGAAGGAAAACUUUCAUCGUCAUCUGUCAACAAAGCUCUUGCGGAACUAUCAACUGUGGAUCUCCUAAAAAGAGUCACCGACUGCCCACCAAAGUCAGCUCAGUCACCCAUUGAGUUAUCACAGAUAACAUGUGGUCACGAUUCCAUCUAUAUUGCAGGAAGAUACAACAAGUAUUCACGAACUCUUCCUCAAACGCCUUGGUUAAUCGACAACGUUCGACUCCGCGAGUCGUCAGUUGAGGAAAAAAUAUGUGACCUCCUGACAGCCAAGGUCAGGUGUGACGAUCAUAAAUUCGCCUCCGCCGGACGAGAAGACGUUGACGUGCGCAUGCUCGGUAGCGGAAGGCCCUUUCUGGUUGAACUGAUCAAUCCGCGCAUUACUCGUCUGAAGGAGUCUUUCUUCGCUGAACUUCAAAGAGAAAUAAACUCUUCAUGUUCCGACGUUGCCAUCAGAGACCUCCAGCAGGUUACAAAGGAGCAGUGUCUCGCCCUGAAAGACGCGGAAACAAACAAGACUAAAACUUAUCGGGCGUUGAUAUGGACUGAAAACGAAGUUACUGAAGAACAGCUUCAGAAACUUAAUGACAUGAAGGAUGUAAAGAUUUAUCAGAAAACUCCUUUGCGUGUGUUGCACAGGCGUCCUUUGGCUGUGAGGGAGCGAUACAUUUUUAGCAUGAAAUCAGAACGGAUCGACUCCAAUCACUGGAAUCUUUUUCUUAAAACCCAGGCAGGAACUUAUAUCAAAGAGUUUGUUCAUGGAGACUUCGGAAGAACGAAACCAAGCUUGGGAGAUUUAUUAAACGCUGAAACGGACAUUUUAGAACUGGAUGUAGAGUCAGUGGAUGUCGACUGGCCUCCAAGGAAAGAUGAUAACAGUGCAUCAAACGACAAAAGUUAACUUGGUUGUCGAAUGCCUCCUAAUUUUUAUACGCGAACCGCUAGUCAGAGAGUCUGGUCAGCAUUAAAAACAUUUGGCGUCACCUCAUAUCAGGCAAAAUGGCGGAGUGCUGUGGAGGCGUUUUGCGUCGCGAUGAACCAAAAGAAGUAAGACGAUCACGACGACGAUAACGUUACGAUGAUGAUGACGAUGAUGACGAUGACUAUGAAGAUGAUGACGAUGACGACGGCCAAUAAUGAUGACGAUGAUGAUGAUAAUUCAUGGUGUCAUGAGAGUAAUAUCAGCGAGCAUUUGCUAAUGAGGCUCUAAUUGGAAACAAAGAAUUGUUCCUAGAGCAAGCUUCCGAAAACAAGAAGCUAAUGAAUUACAACCCUAGGAUUUAUCUUAUAUAGUUUGUCUUGAAGACGCGCCCUUAAAACGAAUCAGAAGACCUACUUGCUCAGAUAAUUCUUUUUUGUUUUGUAUUUGAUGUUUGAAACACAUAUACAUCAGUCAAACAUGUUGUUUACUUUCCCGUCUGGCAACUACCGAUUAAAAAAUAUCUUACUUGCAGACGUCUAAACGAUAACAACACCAUUCUUGUAUUCGGGUUUUGCCUAUACUUAGGGUAAAAUAAGUCUUAAUAUUGCAGUCAAAGGUGCAAAUAGUGUAAAAGUAAAUAUUAUCUUGGUUGUAAGACUGGCUGAAUGAGGCGAUUCUCAUUUUCUAUCUAAAAAUAUGAGCUUACUGCCUCAUAGCUCGUCUGUAUCCUCCAUAACUAGUCUAAUUGAAAGUGUUUACAACGUAACAUAAAA